AUGCGUUAUCUAUCUAUCUAUGGUCGUGAUUUCAUAACAAAAGUUGAAUUUAAAUUAGCGCUAAAAGAUUUACGUGUACCGUUCAAUAAUACACAAGUACAUAUUAUCUAUAAAUGGUUAGAUCCAGAAAAUACUGGUCUAGUUGAAUAUAGUACAUUGUAUGAAGCAUUUUGUCGUGCAUUGGCUAAAUAUUACACCGAUGAAGAUGAAGUGAAUACAAUGGAUUUAGAAGAUACAGAAAAAUGGAUUGUAAUGACAUUUAAAGCACCGACAUACGACCCACUGGAUAUGCCAACAUCAUUUGAACAAUUAAUUCAUCUCGGUUAUACAGGGAAUAUGUUACGUCAGUUGAUUCAUUUGAAAGUACCUCAACUGCCAUCGCAUACCUUAGUUCUAUUUACUGAUCCAGCACAUUAUAAUGAGACAAUAAUACAUUGUAAUCAAAAACUGUAUGAUUUCGAUUUUAUUGGUGGUUCAAAGAUUACACCGACUGAGGGGACUAUCUACUAUGAAUAUUCAGUUGGUUAUGUAGAUGCACCAUUGCUGUUAUGUAAUCGAGAAGUGAAUGAAAUCAAUCUAUUGUCUUACAUGGCUAAUCAACAAUUGCAAACAUCACAACAGGAUAUGGAGCAGCAAUCGAUUGAUAAUCAAAAUAUUGAUAAAAAAAGUAGAGCUGAACAGUCACGUGAAAGAUUUGAAUCAUACGCGACAAAUUAAAACAACAGAAAAAUACAUAUAUACAUGCAUAUAUGAUUACUGUUGAAUAUUGAACAUUGAUAGAUGAUUCAAA